AUGGCGGGCAAGGACUUCGAUACGAGCUUGUUUCUUAAGUUUCUCUUUUCGGUUAUCUUUCUUUUCCUCUGCUGCUUUGCGUUGAUGCUGUACAUUGACAAGGUGGUGGCCCUCUUGCUCGUCUUCAUGCUGCGCUUCCUGGUACUGCCGCGCAACGUUCGGCUGAGCUUCUCCGGACUUCAUAUUGCACCUCUGCAAGCCCGCGUGCUGUUCCGCGGGUUCAGCCUGCAGACGGAGAACGUCUCGCUGCGCAUCGUUGACGGCUACUUCACCUUUGCCUUCUGGGGCUUCUGGUUUCGCCAUCCGCGGUGGGCUCGGCUACGUGAGUACAUGAUAGGCGAGGCGCUUAUUGGCACUCGCUGCCGCGUGCGGCAGAACCUGCACUACGUCAAGGGCACGAUCGUUGCCUUCGACGCGGAGAACAAGAAGGUAUCCGUGCAGUUUGACGAGCACAACACGAAUGGAAGCAGCGUGGAUGAAGACGAGGACGCGGCAGCGGGGGAGGAUCGUGGCGCCGCCGAGCCCUCACCGAAGUUGGCCGGGAGUGCGUCAAGUAACCUGCGGCGGAGGUGUGCCGCAGGCGAGUUCUCGUUAUCUAUGAACUCGAUGGAAUCUCAGAACGUGCGUGGCCGCGGCACCGCCACCUCCAUGCCGUUGGGCCCGCGGGGCUCGCGGUGGAAAGAGUCCAGAUUUUCACCGGUGAUAGUACCCCUUCUCGGGCAACACAGUGAUAAAGAGGCGCGCAUGCAUCCUGAGGGUCUGGGCGAUGAGGUGGUGAAGGCGGUCGAUGUCAAAGACGUGUACAUCCGCAGCCGGGCCGGCUUGAUGCAGCUGCACUUGAAUGGCGUCCGACUUUGUGUAUAUAACGCCACCGGCAAGUACCUUGACUUGGCUAGGGCAGCUACCGCCGGCGAACGUGCCUUCGAGAACCGCACCCGCGAGUCUCGCAAGGCGAGCAACGAGAGCAGCGCCGAGGCGGAACGGAGAGGCAACCUGAGUUCGGCGGGCCCGCGGAAUCUGCAGGGCGCGGCAAGAAAAGGGCUGUCGGGUCUGCUGCAGGCGAUCGGUAGGUACGUGCUCUCCUACAAGGAAGCCGAGCUUGAGGCGCAAGGGCGAGACGAUGCGCAGGAGUCCUUCGAGCUGCGAGCGGCGCGGAAGCUUCAGGAGCACAACAUCCUCACGACCAGCUUUGCGCAGAAGUUCUUCAACUUCAUUGGGUGCGUCGAGAUCGAGAUUUGUGCCGCGCAGCUCGACAUUGGCAGCGCCGCCUCGUCGCAUCCGUACUUUCUGCACUUCACCUUUCAGCAAGGCGAGGGACGUGUCUUCUUGACGAAGGACAGCUGCCCCGCCCUCGAUCUGUACCGCUCCGUUGUGGAGCUGACGUUGCGCGAGGUGGACAUACGGAUGGCGCAGAUGGAUAGCAAGCUGAGCAAGACGCAGGUGAUGCGGAAUGCGACGCUGCUGGAGCGGGCGCGUCUGCUGGUGUCAGGUGUCGCGGUGCCGUACGACCACAUGCCCCUUGAAACGACCGCCUCCUCCGAGCUGAUUGACGACUACGGCAUCUUCAUGGACGGCAAGAACAAGGGCACGGUGCACCUCGUCUUCUACAAGGAUGCCCCGAACGUGUACGCCGGGGAGGCAGUGAGCCGUGGCGCGCUGCCGACCACCGGGGUCGAGGUGUUGAUCGAUGCCCCGGUGGUGCGCUACGGCCCCUGGCUGGAGUACUGCCGCUCACAGCUGUGGCAGUACUUUCUACCACCCAACUACCUUCCCUUGCAAGAGCUGCAGUUUGAGGUGGGCAAGCCGCGGCCGAACGCCGGGUUCGAGCUGCUCGUCAUGUUCCUGCGCGCGACGACUGUUGAAAUCCCGUUUAAGCGGCGCAGCAUUGUACCAUCGCCACCGUUCGGCAUUCGUGACUCGAAGCGCAAGGGCAUGAUAGCGGCGACGAUAGGCGAGGGUGCGCAGUACAUCCAGCCAGCCUUCUUUCUCCUUCCGAAGGAGGAGAAGCAGAUCUUUCAAGGCCUCUUCAUCGCCAAGAGCGUCACUGUCUGGACGAACUGCGUGCUGGAGCGGGAGACCGUGUUGUGCAACGCCGAGUCGCUGCAGUUCUUCCUCGACCGCCAGGAUGACCGACUCUGGAACGGGCGCAAGCUGUGGAACAUCCUGGCGAAGCUGUCGGGGGCGAAGCUGUACUGGUACAUGGUGUGCGUUGACUACUUUCUCGACCUAAUCAACGACUGGCAGUUCUCGGCGUGCAUGUACCACGGCGUGCCUCUCACAACGGAGAUGUACAACACUGUGAACCGUGUCGUGCGGGACUGCAUUCCCAACGUGAAGCGCUUCGAGGUCUUUCUAGAGUCGCUGGCGACCGUCUACCUUAACGUUAAUACGCGCAACGUGGUCUACGCGGACGACCCGAACGACUUCGCCCACAACAUCAUGGCGAUUCUGACAAUGCAGUCCGGGUGCUUCAACAUCGUGCUCCCGAGCGACCAGUACCAGCUGAGUUUCGAGAACGAGGCGGCACGGCCGAUGGAGGCCUCGGCGCGCGAGGUGAAGGCCUACCUGAGCUUGCCAGCCAGUCACCCUCUCUACGAUCAGGUGAGUAGCGAAACUCCAUGGGCGUACGCGGAGUCGUUCUCCAUGCAAGGACUCUUCACGAUGCUGGUGCCCAACCAGUCGAUUCCACUGCCGCGCAACAACCUCGACACGAUCACUGGCCGCACGCACUACCACAGCUUCUUCAACCUCGACCUCGAGCUGAUGAACCUGCGCGGCACCCUCAUGGGCACCCACAUCAAGGCCCUCUUGAACUGCUUCGAGAACACCUUCCUCGACAACACGUUUACAGUCGCGCCGGAUGAGCUGUUUUGGCUUCUCGCGAAGCUGCAGUCGCACGCCACGACGGGGAAGAACAAGCGGAAGGCGUUUAAGGAGUUCCUGGAGCGGAGCCAGCCGGCUGGCAACGACGUGGAGGUUUGCGUGACGGUGCGGCUCGUCGACGUCAGCGCCACCGCCACGACGAGCUCGAUGGCCUUUGCACCGCAGGUCAACCUCUCCACCGGGCUUGUCACCUUCACGUAUGCAAAGCAGUUUGCCGUGACGGACACCGCCGUCUCGCUCACCCCGCUGACGGUGCGCUUCCCCGACCGCCGCGGCAACUUCCCGCGAAACUCCAAGUCGUACAUCGUGAUCGGUGCCAUCACGGUGGGGCUUACGAAGCACUUUGGGCGCAUGCCACUGAAGCCGAAGGUGCACGAGGCGAUGGAGAUCCACGUCGGCGACGUGUCGCUCGAGGUGGCGGCCGAGCAGCUUGUGAUGCUGGUGGAGGUAGUGCAGACGGUGGCGCGGCACUUCGCGAUAGAGGAUGCGAUGAUGGAGGCCGAGGUUGCCGAGGCACUGACGACAGCGGAGCUGUCGGCCGAAAAGGUGAUCCGCUGCAGCCCGCUGCGCAACACCACGGGCGUGUUCCAGAAGGGCAUGCGACGCCGACACGUUGGGCAGAGCAGCGUGCCAAGCAUCUGCCGAUCCGCUGCGGUGGGAGAUGAAGUGACUAUGAGUACUGGUAGUCUUUUCGGUGGCCCAAUGGGCGACUACGAGGGCAAGCACGCGGAUGAUGACGGAAACGGCGCCGUGGAGAUGCGGGAGUGGCGCUCGGCACAGCGCACCGGACGACUUCCGACCUCCCACUCCUUCCCUGCGGCUAGUGAAGGCAGCGGGGACGACGGUGCACGCGACUGGGCUGACGCCGGCAGCGCUGUCGCGGUGGAUGUCAGUGGGCAGGCACAUGACGAGCCGAUUUCGUUACUCACAGCCUCGGCCGUGAGGGGCGCAUGCGCCGGCGGCGCGACAGCCACGACCAACAACGGCAUCGGCGAGGGAGACUGCAGCCUGCCCAUUCUGCAUUCCUACGAGUCGGACAGCGGGCGCUCGUCGUCUGGGAAGCACCGGCGCGGUUUUAAACGCCGUCGCCGCCUCUUCAGCGGUUUGAGCCCCGCCUCCUCGUCGGGCUCCGACGACGACCGUGGCGACCAACGUUGGCGCCCGUUUGCGUCGCAGGUGGCGUACGACGUUGCCCUGGAGUUUGCCAAGUUCAGGGAGGAGUGCAACAAGGCGGACGACGACUCGCGCGACUACGGACUGUUCUUCUUCUUGGUGGAUGUAGGGACCGUGGCAGGGGUGGUACGCAUUGGGGAGGACGGUUACGCAUCUGUGGAGUUGCCGCUUGGCGUUACGGUGGCGCACUCGACGGUGAACGACGGCAACUCCAACAAGCGGAUGAGCAUAGCGAUGAAGGACGUAGGGGUGCAGCUGCUGUUGAACCGCACUAGCGAGGUGGCACAGAGUUACUUUCCCUCGCUGCAAGGUGACGCUUCCGCCGGCGAGUAUCUCGAAGUGCUGUCGCUGCGCACAUCGGUGUGCAUGCGGCAGUAUGUGGCAUAUCCCUUCGACAAAAGCCUGGCGAACCAUCGACGUCGGCAGCAGCAGUUCGUGGAGGAAAACGACUACGAACAUCUCAUCAGCUUUCCCUUCAACAAGACCUCGACGCAGUGCCCGGCAACACCAGUGCGGGCGUCGGGUCUGGGGUCGGCCGCGAUGGCCCCAGAAACUCCAAGAGGCGGGGAAGAACCGCCGUGGGCAAGCCGAGGACAGAGCUGUCCUGCACCCGUGGCAGAGACAGCUACGCCGCCGUGUUCGCCGCUGCCAAGCGCCACGGCUCCACCGUCCACCACGAAUGACCUCAACUCGUUGUUGCAGCAGGCGAGCGCGGCGUCGUCAGCACCACCAACGGCUCGCGACUGGAUGCCGCCCAAGUUGCCCUUAACCUUGGCUCGCGGUGACGAUGGUGAUGCGGCGGCCAUGCCGCCCCUCCCGCACACCUUCACCAGCGACACCGAUAAGCUGUCACUGCCGUCGUCGCCGAACUCACAGAACACCAUGGUCCACACGCACCUGGCCGGUGAGGCAGAUGAUGCGUCGCGUCUGCAGAGCACGUUCCCGUCCCUCUCCACCACUUUCCAGACGGUCGACAAGGAUAACCAGAUGAGCAAUCGCUUCGCCACGUGCGUGUCGGUGCCCUCGCCGAUGUUCUCCUCGGGCGUGAGCAGCCCCGACAUCGACUCAUUCUUUGACGCGUCUUCGUCUGGCUCGCUGUCUCAGGAACGGGCCAUGAACAGAGCCUUCGCCGUCGACGGGGGUGUUUCGAGUACCUCUGAAGCGACACGCGCCGCGUACAGGAAGAACAGCGGUGACGGCGGAAUGGGCACUGGCAGCCCCACCGACGCGAUCGCACGGCCGGGCAACAACGACCGUGGGGCUCGCGGAAGAUGUGAAGCCCGCACAAGCCCCAGCGGUGGCGGGGCUGCCAGCAGCCCGGCGGCGUCGUCGUCUAUGACCGCCCCACAUUUCUUCUACCGCACGUUUGACAAGGCGAAGAGCGACGACCAAGGCAUCUGCGCCGUUGACUACUGGCCACCGCAGCGGCCGAGCAACACCCAUAGGGUGCGGGAUCGCACUCGAUUUCACGCACGGUUGCCCAUCGUGGGGUUUUGCCUCAACGCCAACCGUGAAAGCCGCGCGCCGCCCUUCUUCUCCUACUCGAAGCGGCAGAUGCUGCAACGAGAGGAGAACCUCUUCGCAUGGGCCCGCUGCAUUGCCGACAACCGCGAGCGCUCGCAGAACAACUCCACGUCGCGCCAUCUGCACAUUGCAUUCCUCGAUCCACUCACCCUACUGGUGACGCCGGAGGCGGCAGUUCUGGCUAGUGCUGCCACGCAACUCGUGCUACGAGCUCACCAGUCUCUGCGCGGGCGUCGCUCCGACCCGUCCACGCUAGAGAGUCCGGGGGCUGCUCCCAGCAGGGCUGCGCAGCCGCUGCUGCUGCGACCACACGCGAAGAAGAGCAAGGCGCGAACGCAGCAGCAGCGCUGGCUGUGGGAAAGCAACAUUGUGAGUGUCGCGGUGCCCACAGUUGAGGUGAAGCUGCUCACGCGUCUGUCCGUGCCGGUGGAAAACCUGCCGAGCGAACCGAGUGUGACAGACGGAGUUUACACGUCCACAAUAGUGGUGCGCAACCUCCGCGUGCUUAUGGCGCAGAACCGACCACCCACCGGGGAGGACACGGAGGCCAAGGCAUCGCAGCGGAUGUCGGUGUCUGUGAAGGUGGACACGGUUGCUGCCAUUACGCAGAUCGAGUGGGAGCCGAUGGGGCGAGAGGGCAACCUUGCCGUGAAGGUGCCUGGUUUCUGGUACAAUGCCGACAAGGAUACCUUGGCGGUCGUUUUCCUCACUCAAGUCGCCGGCAAGGUCAAGAGGGACCUGUGGCGCGGCGCUAACGGCGGCGCGUCGAAUAUCACAGUCUCUGACGUGGCUGCGUACGUGACGCGCGACUUUGCCGACUACGUGCAGGGGCUGAUGUGCCUCGUGCAGGACGUAACAGCCGAUGUUCGGCGGCGCACGAGGGUCGAUGAGCGCUUUAUCUUCCCCACGUCGCAGUCGACGACCGCCCUAAACUUGGACCCGUCUACCGUGCCACGAACGGCCUUGGUGUCGGCAGCGCCCGCCGCCUCUGGUGUGUUCAGCUGUGCCGCGGGUUUUCCAAUGCGCGAGGCGCCUCACACGCGCAAGGGGCGGGUGGUGCAAGGUAAAGGCUUUGUAGGGCAUCUGGCGGUGACGCUCGUGGACACGGUGCGGUCGGGGCAGCACAUUCUUGUGAACCAAACGAAGACGAGUCGCCUUGACAUUCACAGACCCUUCUGCAACUUUGUUGUCGUGACGCCGAACCUCCCGCGGGACCGUAACGUGCACGUCCAGGGCUUCGGCGAGAUCGAUGAGGUGAGCGCGAGGGUCUUCCCCUCGCUGCUGCACAUUUUGCACCCGCGGACAGCGAGGCGCAGCCUCGGCAUCCUGACCGCCGCGGCUGGCUCACCCAAGUCGAUCAACUCCCGUACGCCGUCUGUUCAGCCGAGCGUAGUCACCACCGCCGGCACGAUGGUGCUUGUGCAGUCCUCCGCGGACGCGAGCGCUACCGUCCACUGUUCGGGUCCUAUCGGCGCUGCGGGGCCGGCGAGUCGGCCACUGGCGUUCAUCUACGACGGCACGUUCACUGUCCACCAACUCGAUCUGCGCGCGCAGCAGUCAGAGACGAACUACGUUCAACUGAUGGGGAAGGACCUGACCGGGUGUGCCGAGUCACGCGCCGAGGGCGUGGCGUCGCGCGAGUGUGUCCAGACAGAAGCGCUCACGGAGUCAAUAUCCGAAACGCUGAAGGAACGUCUGCGCUACAAGGCCAAAAAGGCGCGCGAGCGGGCGAAGCGCAGCCGCUACCCUGCGCCGCCUGAGACAACGGAGCAGCUUCAGCUGCGCUCCACCGCGUCCUUCUUUGCGCAAGAGGUGCAAGUACACUACGUGGCGGACUGCCUCAUGGAGUCCAUCUCGCACGACUUGAAGAGUCCGCUACACGAUGCGGCUGAUAGCCAGAGUAUGAAGACCAGCAAGGUCUUUACCGCCGCCGUCACGGACGUCACCCUUGUCGCGCAGUUUUCGCAGCAGGUCAAUCUCAAGGGCGAUCAAGUGAACCUGCACAUGAUGGUGCACAGUGCCGUGUUCCAGUCACCACACUGCGUGCGCGCAGCCGACACGCUGCACCCGCAGGUGCACGCGCUGAUCAGCUCAUGGCGGCAUGCACUGCAUGCGGCGAGCCGGACAGUGCGCCCUGGGUCCACUGUGGACAAGCUUGGAAGCGCCAUCAUUCUGCGCAGGGGGAGUAUGAGCAGCAGUGCAGCAGAGCGGGGAUCGGCCAAGCCGCAGCAGAGUAGGGCGGUGACCUUCCAGGUCCAGGCGACGAGGAUUACAGGCUUCGUGGGACUGGCUCAAGGCAUCGUACAGAAGUUCCUGCUGCCGCAGAUCUCCUGCUUCACGAAGACGUCGUCGAACGGCCGCACCGAUUUGAAGCUGCACCUUCACCCCUUCACUAUCACGUCUCACAACACGCCCCUAGAAGACUACAGCGUCGUGCUUCCCCACGUCUACAUCCUCUACGCGUACGACACCAUCAAGAUGCUAUGCAGCGUCACUGUGGGCACCAUCGCCAUCACCAUUACGCCGCUGUUCAUCAACCACAGCCUCCUCACGUACGAGAAGCUGAUCCAUGACGUGGCUGCUGUGAUUGCGUCACCGAAGGUGCACGCUGACGACGAGGAGAGACUAGCGACGGAAGCCCGCUCCCCUCUGGGCCCCACCGAUGCAACGCUGCGGCGUGACUCGUCUAGGGCCACAUGGAGCUCGUCCCCCACAACUCAUGUGCCGGGCGGAGGCUGGAGCAGCCGCAGCGGGCUCAGCGCAGGCCUCAGCUCUGUGUCGCCGACAGACGGCAACCCUUCGUUGGAGGGCGCGACGGCGAGGAAGGACGGCCCUCGGGAUCGACCCCGUCAAGGCAUCCAGUCGCCCAUAAACGCCGAUGAGGAGGUUCGUGGUGCUGCUACGGAGGCGGCCGCCGCCGCCCCCCGGCCUCCGAUGUGCAAGCGCCGGCGGAGCUUUCUUUUCCUGCUGCAAGGGGUGCGUCUCUCCUACUUGACGUCCAUGACCACGCUGCGCUUCACAAUCCGCAGCUUGAACGCGACGGCCGACACGACGGAGGGCGACACGCGGCACGUGCUACACUGGGUAGUGAACGCCACGAAUACACAGGUGGCGCUCGUCGACCGCGACGAUCAUGACCAGAUGGUCGCGACGUACAACAGCUUGUCACAGCACAGCCGGCUGGCGAGCCGUGAAACACACGGCUCCAGCGCCGUGUACGCCACCUCACGCACGUCUUCGAGCGGACGCGCCACUGACGUUGCCAAUACCAUGAAGGCUGCGCACCCCCUCAGCGGCUUCUUGUGGGGUUCCAUCGCUCUUUCUUUCACGCUGUCCAGCGGCAAGGUGGACGACAACCGCGCCAGGGCCGCGCUGCAGGAGAGCACCUCCCUCGGCUCAUACAGCGAAGAGCUGCAGAAGGCGCUGCUGGACUCCUUCACCACCUCAACCUCCAAGUGGGAGCUUGCGGUGUUCGAGCCGCUGGUGCUGGUCCGCUUCGGACUCGAUUCGCUCAUCAAGCAGUGCGUUCGCGAAACGGAGGAGGACAUACGUGCCAUGAAGGAGGCGACCUACGAGGCAGACCUCACUGCCAGCACGAGGCUGCGCCAGCACAAGCGCUUCCAGCGGCUGCAGGAGGAGAAGCAGCGCAUCGACCGCUUCAUAAAGCGGGCGGAAAAGGAGCGGUGCCGCAAACUGCGAACCAUGACAGAGCGUGUGGUGCACGACGUAACACAGCGACGCGGCAUAUUCCCGACGGAUGCGAGCGAGGGCGAUAUCUUGCUCGAUUUCUUCCGGAUUCGACGGUCGCACAAGAUGGUCGCGUCGGUGAGCAACUUUAUGGUGGUGCUCCCCUUCGGCGAUGCUGCCUACCGCAGCGUCCUCGAGGAGAUGCCAGGAACGUUCGCGUGUGGAAAGACCGAUCGGCAUAUCCACACGGCAUCGUGCCUAAGCCGGCGCCGGUUCAUCCCGUCCUUUGCGCUGAAGAUGAAGAUGAACGACGUCUCGUUUAUCUGCAACUUCGAGGUGGUGAAGAACAUCGUCCCAGUGCUGGUCCCCGACCAGCACCAUCGUGUGCGUAACGACGCCAUGUUCGUCCACGCCGGCAGAGCGGAUCAGGACUACACAACUUCGCUCCUUUUCCACGGCCGCUUGCUUGCCUUGAACAGCCAUCUCUACUUCUCGGACGGCUCGCCACUGGGCAAGUCCGCCAAGCUGCUGGACCUGCUGCGCGACACGCCGAUUCUCGGUGGACAGGGUGUGCUUACGAGCUACGCCGCCGAGGAACACCGGCGCUCGCUGAACAGCAUCUCCGUCGUCUCCGUUGAGGCGCCGCUGUGCAUUGAGAAGAAGAACAACACGUUACACGUGGGCGCUGUGGUGGACGUGUCGGAGCCGAAGGUGCGCAUGUCGUCGCGUAUACUCAGCAUUGUGCGUGAGCUGUCGCAGGAGCAGACUGCGUUGCCGUUGCAGGUUCACAGGCGCGUACGCCGUCGUGGCGAGACGCCGUCGCCGCCACCGCACCUUUCUCGGAACACCAGCGGAGGUGCCAGCUCGGUCGCUCGAGGAAUCAGUGGCGACUCUCCCUCCGCCAGGAUUGGGGCGGAGGUAGCGGCCGCGCAGCCAGAGCUGAAGAGGCCGCUAUCCCUGCACCUGGACGUCACCGGUCGGCUGGAGGCGAGCGAGUUGGCCGUCUUUUGUUACUCGAAUCCAGAAAAGUGGUGUGCGCAGAGCUGCACCGCAGCUGCCGGUGCCGCGGGGGGCGGCGGUGCUCGGGCCUACUCAAGUCCGCGCUCGCUGCGUACUACCUCGUCGCCGGUGGCGCGUCGGUGCGUCAGCUUCGACACCCCGUCUUCGCAGAACAACCGCAUGCGGGCGGCGCGGGAUGCGCGGGCGGUCGCCAAUGCGACCGCCAAGGGUGCCAGCGUGAACAGAAGCAACCACAACCCUCCCCGGAGCGAGAGCGGCGACGGAAUCGACUUCUACUCGGACGAGCGGUUCCUCAUCAUGUCUGUUCCGCUGCCCGGCGUAACCUUGCGAGCUAUUAUGCGGCGUGGCAGACGCGACGCGUCUGAGGACGUGGAUGUGGUGCGAGUCGAGGUGCGCGCCGGGACCAUCGAGCUGAGCCCGUCCAUCACAGCGCUGGCGCAGGAGGUGGAGAUGUGCGCCCGCACCGAUGAACAGAACCGCGUGGAGCGCAACCAGAAGAUCAUCGCGUUUGUACAGAGCAUGGAGGCUGAGGUACCGCAGCUGCGCGUGCCACUGCACUGCCCUCUGGUGGAGGUGCUCGUUCCAAUGCCGCGAGCGUACGAGUCGGUGCUGUCGCAGGUGCGUUUGGACAGCGUUGCGUGGCUGCGGCGCACCGACCCGUCCGCGCGCACGCAGACGCCGCACGGCGAGAGCGGCGGUAGCACCGGAGCAAAGAAUUUCCUCAACAGCGCUGUGGUCGCGGUGGGGCGCAACAAGUCGCACGGUAUCGUUGCCGUGCACGUGAGCAUCACCGACCUCCGCCUGAUCUUCAACUCGGAGCCAGUGGCCUCCACGCACUUCAUGCUGUACCUUGACCAGGGCGGCACAAUCAACUUUGUCCUCGAGUGCUUCGAGCGUCCUGACCCGAACGAGCGCUUCGUCAACAAGUUUCCUGACGCGUCACUUGUCGUGACGAUGCGCAGUGUGCGGGCGGAGUGCCAGACAAAACUGGAAGUGAAGUCGCUGGAAGUGACGCUGCCAGAGGCGGAGCUCGCCAUCAGCCGCCGCAGCGGCCACAUCGGCGUUGUGGACUCCGUCAGUGUAUACCUUCCUUUCAAUGUCGAGGGCAGCGAGCCGAAUCUGACGGCUCGGCUGCAGCACAUGUCGCAGCUCUUCUUGGUCGUCAAGCUGUGGUCUAUCACAACAUCAGAGACGCUGAAGACGGCGCGGCGUCUCUUUGAGCGGCGCGCAAUCCCCAACAAGUUCUCAGCGCAGGCUGCACGUGCGCGACGUGUUCGUCAGGUGGUCAAGACGACGACGGCGUUCCAGGACAAGCUGAGGAUGGCCACAGACCACCGCACCCUCGUCUACCUCGGACUCUCCCGCGCGGUGUGCUUCUUUGAUCUCGGCGCUGGCAGCACGCACAGCUUCACGAUCGGUUCGGCCAACGUGGUGGCGGAGUAUGCCAAGCGCGCGAACGGGUGCACUGUGAGCCUGCUGCUCGGGCGCAUCUCGAACACAUCCAUCCGCUCCGAGGGUGUCUUGUCGGGUGGAAUGAUGAUCGGUGACGUCAUGGCCAAGGCCUUUGUGAUUCAGAACUCGGACGACACGGAAGGGUUUGUGCGCUCGCCUGAGCAGCGGACCUUCCGGGAGGCACUGCUCAUGCAGCAGGUGCACGUGAAUUUCAAGGAGCGGCAGCUGAAGGACAUCUUUGAGUGCAAGGUGGGCUCCUUCCACGGCAACUCGAUGGACGGCAUUGGCGAGGAGGAGUACACCACCACUGACAUGGAUAUCAUGCUGCAGCGCGGCACCCUUGGGGUGACGCCGAGCACUGUGCCCGCCUUUUUGAGCUUUGUGCGGAACAUCAGUGCUGUCGUCGCGGAGCAGCGGUGCAUCGCGGAGACCCGGAUGAAGGAGACGACGCUGCCAUUCCCGGCCUUUCAAGGUGUCGCCGGCGGCGUCAGUUCUGCUCUGACGGGGCUGCAGAAGCCUAUGCCGAUCAUAUGCGAGCACAGCACUGAUAGCCGCAGCAGGUCCGGAAGCGAGUUGAGCGUGGCCACGCAAAGGAUGCGCGUCCGCAUUCCUUUUAUGGGUAACACUAUACUGCGGGUACCUUGCGGUCAGCUGCGUGUCGGACUGGAGAAAACAACGGUGCUGCUCGGUGCCAUCGCCUCGGGCGAGGCGGCUGUCGGGUGCGUGGUGCUGAGCUUUCCCAAGGCUCGCUUGUCGUUUGCCGAGUGCCCGUGCGACGACUACACAGCGGCGAAGAAGGUGCUCGUGAUCGAGUCGCACAACGUGGAGGCGUACCGGCCCGGCACGCCACGCGUCGUUGUUAUGGGCUUUCAAGGCGUCAACUACUUUGAGUUCUACACGCGGCAGGCGCUCGGCUCGGCGGAGGUGGGCUUCGCGCUUACUCUACGGCAGACGCACCCGUGGACGGGCAACCCGCGGUUUCGCGAUUUUGAGGAGAUGAUAAGCCUCAUCAAGUCCUUCACGGACAAGAAGAACGCGGCGGUCUUUCAGCACUUCGGGCGGCUGGACACUGCCACACUGAGCUCCAAUACGUCAAGCCGCACACCGCGGUGCGACUCCGGCAACAACCCGGCCACCGCCGCUGCAGGCGCAGGCGUCGACUGCUCCAGGGACUCAAGCCUGAAGGUUGUCGGUUCCUCCUCUACGAUCGGGCCGACCGCGGCAGCGGCGGCCGGCGACAUGCGGACCCUCAAGGCGCUUCGUAGCUCUACAUUCUCUCCACAGCUGCGCUUCGGAGGGGACGUGUCUGUAAACACAGAGGUGAUUCUCAACUGGCUGGGGGUAACCGAGAAGAUGCUGCCGCACGUUGUGCACACGGCACUGUGCGACAAGCUAGAGAAAGUGCUGUACUCCCUCUCUGACCUGGCGAGCGAGCGCGUGACGCACAGGGAGGAAGACAAGAGCGUGGUGGUGGUACCCACCGCUUCCGGCGGUGCUGUUCCACGAGGUUUUACGGACUCAUCAUCAAUCUUACCCAGCGCCUCCGGACCAAGACGUCUCGACCUGUAG